CCAAUAACCACAGAGAACAGCAACACCCGAUCCACAACACUAGCACUAUCUUUGUCUCUUCCUCACCUGUCCUUCUCUCAACAAUGAAGUUCUCCAACAUCCUUGCCGUCUUCGCCGGCGUCGCUUCUGCCGCGCCUGCCAACACCGAACGCGCCGAGGCGGGCCCCAGCGGCCACGAGGUCGAGAUCAGGGGAUUUACCUAUGGCGGCUCGGGCUGCCCGGCCAAGUCGGUUGGGAGCCAGCUGUCAACAGACCUGACGACUCUGACCCUUCUCUACGACUCGUUCAUCGCGCAGUCCGGCGAAGGCAUCAAGCCCUCCGAGCACCGCAAAAACUGCCAGCUCAACGUCAAGCUCAAGUACCCUCACGGCUGGCAGUUCUCGGUCUUCAAGGCCGACUACCGCGGCUACGCCAACAUCCAUCCCAAGGACAAGGGUACCUGCAAGGCCACCUAUUACUUCUCUGGUGACUCUAAGCAGUACUCGAGCGCCGUGACCUUCCACGGUCCGUACGAUGACAAUUAUCUCAAGACGGAUCAGUUCAACCUGGAGAGUCUCGUCUGGUCGCCGUGCGGCGCCGAGGGCAUGCUCAACAUCAACAACGAAGUCCGCCUGACGCCUCUUGACUCCAAGAGAGCGAACUUGCUUACGGUCGACUCCACGGAUCUCAAGUUCAAGCAGAUCUGCUACCUGCAGUGGAGGAAGUGCACCAAGUAAGCCCAAGCGGCUGCGAUCGAAGAGCCCAAAUCGGGACCAGGGGUGAUCUGAGGGUGCGAAGUUGGUGGACACAUUUCUUCCUGGAUCCCGGACGUUGUCCAACCCCUCGCUCUCCGGUCCAUCGUCUGUUCUUGCUCUCUGUUUUCAGACCAGCCGGCUUCUUUUUCGAACCCAGACUGGUAACUACCGUUCUUCCACUCGU